AUGUCGAAUAUAAAAAUAAUUAAACCAAUAGCUACAUAUGCAAAUGUUAAUGGAAGUUUUCCACUAACAACAACAAUAAAACCUUUAGCUGUUGCUGCUACAACAUUAAAAGAAGGUUCAUUAGUUUAUCUUCUUCAUCAAUUACCAUAUAAUUUUCUUUUAACGGAUUUUUAUGAUCAUAAUCAACAUUAUAAUAAAAUUCCUAUUCAUUGUUGGAAUCAACAUUUAAUUGGACCAGGACUUUUUCAAGAAUGGGUAUUAGCAAUAAAAAGUGCUCGUACACCAGACGAACAAAAUAUUGAAUUAUUUCAACCAUCUGAAACAAAUUUAUUUGGUUUUCGUACUACACGUUUAGUUGUUCCCGAUGAACCACUUCUUGCUUGGUUUAGUCUUCCACAAUUACGUACAAUAUGUGAAAAAAUUAAAUUAGCAAAAAUAUUUAAAGUUGAAGAACUUCUUAAAUCUACACGAUGUCCUCGAUGUAAAAUUGAACAAAAUUAUUUAAAUGUCUUAGUUGCACAUGUUCUUCUUGAUCAAUGUCGUGAUCCAACAUCAUCAAUUAAUAUUAAUCUUAAUGAACGUUUAUUAGUUCAUACAAGUCCAAUAAAAAAAUGUUCAAUGGAUUUUUCAUCAACAAAAAAAUCUUCAUCAUCUUCUCGUCAAGUUUCUAUGAUUAACGAUAGACAAAAAGACGAGAAAAUUAAAGAAAAAAAUGAUGAACCACAACAACCAAUAACAUUUUCAUCAAAUGAUGUAUCAUCUUACAAAAUGAGUGUACUUGAUGGUACACAUGCAUUAGAAUUUACUUCAUUGGAUAAUGAUGGGAGACAACGUAAAGCUCAUUUAUGUCUUUUUUGUGGCAAAAUUUAUAAUCGUAAAUAUGGUUUAAAAAUUCAUCUUCGUACACAUACAGGAUAUAAACCAUUGCAAUGUCGAGUUUGUUUUCGACCAUUUAGUGAUCCAUCAAAUCUCAAUAAACAUAUACGUCUUCAUUCAACAGCAUCAUCAUCAUCAUCCGUGUCACAUAAACGUUCUUUUGAAGAACAGGAGGAAUCCAAUAUAGAUAGUGACAUGAAAAAUUCCAUAAGUCAAAUUGAAUAUAACAAUAAAUCAGACACAAUUUGUGUUUAUUUAUAUGGAUCAAUGAUACCAUCAAAAAUAAAUGCAUUAAAAGUGAAUUUUAAUAUUGUUCUUGAUUUAUCUCUUUGUCAUUUUAAUGAUACAAGCGAAAAAAUCUCUCAUAAUCAAUUAAAUAAUACAAAAGAAAUAUUAAUUAUUCAACUAUCAAAUGAUUGUUCCUUGAUUCAACAGUUAACAAUUUUAAAAAAUCUUAAUUGGACACAAAAUUAUUUUGCUAUUAUUUUUUCAAUCAAUCGUGAUAGUAAAACAUUUGAACAUACAUUAUUAUCAUAUAUUGAUAAUCAAAUAAAAUCUUCUAUUUCAAUAUUAAAUUAUUCAAAAUAUUCUUGGUCAUUUGAAUUUCCAUUAUAUAGAGAUCUAAAUGAUUAUAAUUUAAAUCAAACUAAUAUUGGUUUUAUUGAUUUAAACGAAGUUAAACAUUUGAAUAAUUUUCUUUCGAAUCAAACAAAUUUUUUAUUAUAUCGUAUUAAUCGAGAUCAUAUUCAAUUUGAUCUAUGUUUUUUUAUUUUUAUUACUAUUAUUAUUACCUGCAUGUUAAUUGGUAAUGAAUGGCAUUGUAGAAUUUUUAUGAAAAAAAUUCUUAAUCAUUAUAAUAAUCAUUCAUCAAAAACAAAUAAAUUUAAAUAUGGAUUAAUUAUUGGUUUAUUAUUAUUAAUUUCUUUUAUUUUAUUAUAUAGUAUUGAUCGAUAUUAUACAUUUAUAAUAGGAUAUGUAUAUUUAUUUAGUUUUAUGAUAUUUUCUUCAUUUAUUAUUUAUUUAUGUUUUGAAAAUUUUUCUUAUUUAUUAAUUAAUAAAUUUUAUCGAAAAUUUAUGAAUAAAAAUUUUAAAUUAAAUUAUAUUUAUCAAUUGUUUAGAUUAAUUCUUAUGUUUAUUUCAUUUAUUAUGAUUAUAUUAUGGUUUUUAAAUAGAUUUACAUCUAAUGGAUUUAUUAUGACGAAUUUUAUUGUUUUUUUUAUAACAAUUGUAAUUAUUGUACAAAUGAGAAUUGUUAAUCUAAUGAUAUGUAUGAUUAUUUUUGCUUUUAUACUUAUAUUUGAAAUUUUAUCACUAAUUAUAAUAAAAUUUAAAAAUCAAUAUAAGAGAAAUGUAAUGAUUAUUAAUCCAGAAUAUCCAAUGACUAUUUGGAAAGUUAAUAGAAAUAAUCAAAAUUGGAUUGAUGUAGAAUUUAUUCAACAUUUAUAUAUGAAUAUGUUUGAAAAUAGUGGCUUAGAUUGUUUACUAAGUGGUGGAAGUAUGAAUAUAUUAAAAAUGAAUGCUGUGAAAUGGAUUAUAAAAGAAAAUCUACCAUUUGUAUUUAAUUUUCCUCGAUUGAUUAGAAAUAAUGACAAUUGUGAUUUUCACGCUGGUCGAAUUUAUUUAUCAAUUGAUGAUAUUAUUUUUCCUUCAUUAUUAAUAAAUUUUUGUCGUUUAUUUGAUAUUGGGAAUAAUAUUCAUUUUCGAAUUUAUUAUAUUCAAGUAUUAAUUAGUUAUAUUAUAUCAUUUUUUUUUUCAUAUAUAGUUAUGAUUAUUACUAAACGUGAUCAAUUAUCAUCAAUUAUGAUUUAUCCAUUCAUAGUUUUAUCAACAAUUUUAACAGGAGUAGUAAGAGGUGAAUUUCGGAAGGAUGCACCAAUUCCAAUUCCAACCAAUCCCAAUUCUUAG